UACUUAUCCCCUCCGCCCCUCACUCAACCGAAUGGCGCGCGGCGAGAGGUUGUGUUGAGUUGUUUUGUAUCGUGUUUCUAGUGUCCUCGAGUGUUUGCACCAAUACUUUUUCUCAAGACAUGAAUGACACAAUUCCUCCUCGUAGAUAAUACCGAUUACAAAAUUAAUAUAAAAAAAAUGUGUGUUUGACAACUAGUGAAGUGCAAGGUGAUCGAAAAACUACAAAAACAUCCGGAUAUCGCCAAGAUGGGUUCAAAAAUCGAAUACGUGGAUUCGUCACAUUUGUACGCAACGAAUUACGUUCGAAAUUCGAAAGCUAUUGGUGUUCUUUGGGCUAUAUUCACUAUUUGCUACGCGAUAAUCGCUGUUGUUGCUUUCGUGACUCCGGAGUGGAUUGGGGACUUAGAAACGGAAUAUCCGCGGAAAUUCGGUUUAUGGCAAGUGUGUCGGGCAGAGGAUGCCUUGGAGGACUGCAAAGGGAGAUUGGAUGAGUUCUUGUCUAUAAAUGGAUUGGUGUUUAAAAUCACGACUGUGUUAGUGGGUGUCGCAGUUGCACUGGCUCUGUUUACAAUAUGCGCGAUGCUGUUGUUCUUCUUUUGUCAAUCGACGACCGUUUUCCACAUCUGCGGCUGGCUUCAGCUUUUAUCUGCUGUAUGCAUGGUAGCUGGAGUGGCGGUGUAUCCGGCAGCCUGGAAUGAAACUUCAGUCCAGGAGACCUGUGGACCCACAGCAGAUCAGUACAAUAUUGGUCGCUGCCACAUCCGAUGGGCAUAUCUCCUCGCUGUGAUUGGCUGUCUCGACGGCAUCGUAUUGGCUGCGCUGGCGUUCAUACUGGCAACUAGACACGUUCGCCUUCAGCCCGACAGCGGGUACCCACCGCCGUCGCUUUACAAAGGUGAAGUGAACAACGCAUACGUGACUGACGCGACAUCUGUGAGCGGCUCCCGCAAAUCGCUAGCCUUGCAACCAGUGCUUAUAAUGCACCCACACGCUCCCAUGGACAUGGAUACCUAUUCCCACUACUCUGGAAGGACUGCCAGGUCAAAACAUGGCAUUUACGCCAACACCAUGCACAAUUAUUAAUUGUAAAAUUAUGUUUUUAAUUGAUUAAUAAAGAAUUUAAAAGUACAUCCGUAUCGCUCAUCGCUUUGGUAAGUCGUUCCGCCCCUUGCCAACAGAUGGCGUUGUACUGAAUAAUGGCAUUUUAUAAUUUGGAAAUCUCAUGAAAUUUAAAUCGUUAAUAAUUAAAUUACCUGAAUUAAUUUAAUGUAAUGUAAGUUAUUGCUGUAACAUUAGAGUUAUGUAAAUAUUUGUAAUGUUUGUUUAGGUAAUGACAUUUUGAAUUUAGUGCUUAGGUAUUAAUUUUACUCUGUAAUGUGAGUCUCAACGAUUUUGUACAACGAAAUUUUGGAACUGUUGUUUGUAAUAUUGAAUAAAAUAAUUUAGUUAUA